AUGACGUGCGGCGCGAUGCGCUUCGGCGUCGCCGCGGCCGCGUCGGCGAGGGCGUCCGCGGCGAGGUCUCGAGGCGUCGUCGCGUCGCCGCGCGCGCGCGGACGAAAUUCUCCAUCGUCGUCGUCGUCGACCGCCGCCGCUCGCCCGAGCCUCCACCGCGCGCUUCGCCGCCCGUCGCGAUCGCGCUCGGUCGCGGAGCCCCCUCCCUCGGGGUCGACGUGGGAGGAGGACGCGGACGAAGACGCAGACGCGGACGACGAGGUCAUCCCGCUCGCGAACCCGGACGCGCCGUUCGAGUACGACCCCGAUCGCGCGUACCAUCGCUACCGCGACCUGGAGCCCCUGCGCGCGAAUCUCGCGGGGCUCGUGUACGGGCCCGCGAUCAACGAGGAGGGGCCCUCGGACCAGCCGCCGAACCGCGCGCCGCUGCCGUCGCCGAUGACGUACCGCGUGACGCUCCCUCCGGACUACGACGCGACGCGCGAGACGCCGUACGACAUGAUCGUCGUCGUGCCGUCGGGGCCGGGGUACGGCGCGAACGCAGGCGACGGCGUCGGCGGCGGCGCGGCGAUUCAAAACUCGGCGUGGUGGACGUCGGGGCGUUCAUUCAUCGUCUGCGAGCUGUGCGUUAACCGCGCGACGUGGCUCGCGGACACCACGAGCUCGAACCACGAGAGUUUUCUCAUGGAGAUGAUCCUCCCGAGGGUGUGCGCGGAGCACGACGUGGGGAAGAUCUCGCUGCUCGGGCACGGCGCCGGCGGAUUCGCCGCGUUGCACACGCUCAUGCGUCACGCGCACGUGUUUCACAAAGUCGCCGCGUUCGACGUCCCCGUGUUGGGCGACUUCAACGGGAGGCACACGCCGUGGGGCGGCGAGAAGUGGGACGAGGAUAAGCCGCCGUGGAGUUCGUUCCCGGAGACGUUCGUCGUGAACGAGUCGUUCGCGCCGUACAACCCGGGGGUGUUGGCGUCGUGCGCGCACAUCGCCGCCGCGCUCGGCGCGGAUUCGGAUUCGGAGAUUUCGGAGAAUUCGGAGGGGUCGCCUCGGAUCGCGCUGUGGACGGGGAUUCGUACGCGAUGGGAGAUGGAGCAGCUCCGGGAGCAGUUCGAGGAGUACAGCAUCCCCGCGAAGUGGAGCGACGCGCACGCGAAUGAGGUGUCGAGCUGGAGCAACGGGGAGUGGCUGAUUGAGGCGCUCGAGUUCUUGAGCGAAUGAUGAUGACGGGGGAGUUUUUUUUUUCAGGAUUUUUCGUCGUCAACAACGUGUCGA